AAUAAUCAACAAUUUAUUUCAUUUGAACAAUUAAUUAAAAAUACAUAAUUAAACUCUUUUUUGGAAUGAAAUUCUUUCCUCUUCUUAGUUUUCACGUCUCUGGAACACACAGUCGUAUUCACCGUUCGCCGUCCUUCCUCGUUCUUUCAACUUCUUUAUUUUAUGCCUGGAUUUCUCGCCGUUUCAGUGAGUUUUUGAAUUUUCUAUCAUCCGCCAUCCAUAUUGCUCGGAUUGAUUCACGAGGAAUGGAAAAUCAAAAAUCUGAAAGAGCAAGUGACAAGAUAGGAGUCAACUCGAAUGAAUCAGCUAAUGCUUUAAACCAAGAACUUACAAGCGAAAUAUUAAAAAAAGUGGUACAUAACGAAGAAGAAGCAUAUGACUUGUAUCGAAACUAUGGAUUUUGCAAAGGAUUUAGUGUCAGAAAGGGUAAACAAUCAUAUUACAGUGGGACAAAAAAAAUCAAAACAAAAGAUUACUACUGCUCAAAGGAAGGCUUGAAAUUUGAUGAAGGUACAAGUGAAGCGAGUUAUAGUAAGUUAGACACAAGGACUGGGUGUAAGGCCAUGAUACGCUUUGCUAUUGAUGAACAAGGUAUAUGGAAAGUAAAACGCUUUGUAGAUGAACAUAAUCAUCUAUUCGCUUCACCAACAAAAAGAUAUUUACUAAAAUCUGUACGAUCAGUUUCUCUUUCUAAAGGAGUUGUAUUAAAUUCUAUGGUAAAUGCUGGUAUCCGGACAAUUAAUGCAUAUUCAUAUAUGGCACAAGAAGGUGGAGGUGCUGAAAAUAUUGGGUUCACAAAGAAAGAUUGUUAUAAUUACAUUGAUAUAGAGAAGAACAAAAUGAUCGAAGUUGGAGAUUCUCAAAGUUUGGUUAACCAUUUUAAACGAAAGGCAAGCGAAGAGGGAGAAAUGUUUUAUUGGGAUGUACAACUUGACAAAAUGGGAAGAAUGACAAAUUUUUAUUGGCGAGAUGGUAGAUCAAAAAUUGAUUAUGAUAGUUUUGGUGAUGUGGUAGUCUUUGAUACCACGUAUCGAACAAAUAGAUAUGAAUUAGUAUGUGCGCCGUUUGUGGGGAUGAACCAUCAUUGGAAAAAUGUUAUACAAAACGGUUCAUAA